AUGGUCCGUAGGUAGCUCCUGUUCAGUCACGGCGAACCCAAAUCGACUAUAAGUAGCAAGUUGAGAGCGUACUGUACGUGGAAUCGGCAGUGUGUCACUGGGCAUAGCAGGUCGAAAGUGGUGGACAUGUGUUCUUUUUUCCCUCACCUGUCUACAAACGGUAGCGCCGAUUCGCAGACGUGAAGUGAGGAGGGCGGCGCCUUUGACGUCGUUAGUGGUACUGUAGAAGCCUAGACAGUGUCAAGCAGCUUGCACUCUAAGCGGUCGUAAGGCGAACUGACAGUCCACGAGAGUCGGUGGUAUGGCUCUUGGCUUUUUGACUGGUUCUCUCCCACCGAGGCUUGUACCACGUCGCAGUUUUAAGAAAUAUGUGACGUGGUACGGGGAAAUAAUCUUUUGGCAGAUAGCCUUACAAACUUCAAAUUCAAAUACGAGAUCCGACAGCUUUAUCUUAUUUCCUAGGUGGCCACAUGUCGGGCAACAACGCUGUUAUUGACGCUGGAUCGCAAUCCUACCAUCACCUAUUCACUCGAAGAAAGCGUAUGCAACUGAGGACGCCAAGCUGAAGAGUGAAGCCGAUGCCCGAGCGAGGUCUACGCUGAGUAAACAGGACUCGUCACGUGACCCUAGUAACAGUGAAAGAACAGCAAAUACCGACUUGAGCGCUCUGCCUGCUUUUCAUGGAGCUAAAGCCUAUGCUGCUUACAUCGAGAGCAAGUUAUCGUCUCGUGUUGCUGCAGCUAAGGACAAGGAGGAAUACCUCGGCGCUAUCCGUCUUGCGAGUGAUGACAAGAGUAUUGAAGGUCUUCCCAAGGCAACACCUCCUUCCCGAGAUGAUGGCAAGGCACAAACUGGAGUCUUCGCUACGGCCUUGUUACACUUAAGUGUGGAGGAUAUCGCAAACUCAAAGGAAGCGUACACAAUUGAGGACGCCAAGCUGAAGAGUGAAGCCGAUGCCCGAGUGAGGUCUACGCUGAGUAAACAGGACUCGACACGUGCUGUAUUGAGCCAGAUGCGAACUGAACUUCAAGAGCUACAGGCACAAGACGCGGCGUUACCACCUCAAAGUCGCGUCGACUCGGAGGAGUGGGAGAUUGAUCUGGACUAUGGAGAUCUGUUGACUCGACAGGGCGAUGAGGCGUGCGAUGAAGUGCGCAAGGAGCUUGCGUUUGCAGUGGAGAAAGAGGAGAUUCUACUGCUUAAGAUGCGAGAGACGUACGUGGGUCCGCUCGCUGUAAAGCUGCUGACGUUGCGUGCGUUUGAAAGUGGAUUAAGUGUCCAGUCCUUCCGCACCAUGAAGAUGCCGGCAACUUUACAGAAACGACUCGCAGAGAUCCACACUGCCGACGCUGCUGCCAAGAAGCAGCCAUCUACUGGAGCGAAGACUGGUCCACCUAGACGAGCGUCGGUAUUAGAUAUCAUGGAGAAGGACACUGCGCUAGACGAGGACUUUCCCUUAAAAGAAGACGAGCGACGUAAGCUCAUGAGUCAUAACGAUCCUGCUGUCGGUGGGAAUUGCGCAGCAUCAAGCGGUCCGACAGCAGUACAGGAGACUAGUGGGUCAAAGUCCGUUCACGGCUUCGAGGCGCGCAAACGACUGCGCACGGAGCGAAAGGAGAGACUGGCACGCUGGCAGAGCAACAAACCAGGCGAAGAUGCCGACGAUCCCAGAGACGUGGUCGCGAUCGCCUUUGCUCAACGCAACAUGGGCGAUUACAAGCUGAAAACGGCUCCAGACUACGUGGUUCCAGAACAUCAGCGUGUCAACGCAGCGAAGAAAUUGAGGCAGAUGGCGCUCUUGGAGGAGAGUCUGUAUGCCGCACGCUUGCGAUUCAACGCCAAAGUGCUGGAGCUUCGCGAGUUGAAGGUGCAGCUGAUCAACGAGCUGCAUCGCGACCAGGAACGACUAGUCGAGCUUCGAGCCGCAUUAGCGUCCAGCGGCGCAACACCAUCCAGCGUGUCGUCCAAAGAUCUAGUUGUGGACCUUCGCGAGUGGCCGGAGCAGCGGGAGCGCGUAAGCGACGCCGACAUUGAGCUCUUCCUUCGAGAGCAGAAGGUGAUAUCACACGUGCAGACUCAGACUGGCGAAGCGGACUUGGCAUUGACGCGCAUCGGUGGGGCUGAGAAGCGUCCGCAAUCAGCAGAUCGAUCCAUCGCUGCCGUCGCACGAGCUUUGGAAGGAACGUCGGGAAAGGAGGCUGCAAAGGGCGUCACCAUUGGCCAUUUACAUCUGCAGAUGGACGACGGUACGGCAGCUGCUGCGACGGCUUCGUCUGCACACGCGGGUGCUCUAAAUGUAGAAAACAUGGACGAGGAUGACGUGGUUGUCCAUGAAUACUUGAUGCGCCAAGAAGCGCUACUGCUCGAGCGCAAGCAGCAACGCGAGAUAGCGUCGUUUGACGCUGCUGUGGCUCACCUCCGUCAUGAGAAACUCGCUCUCGAGGUAGGCUUCAAGCAAGCGGAACUUCGGCUGUUCACUCUCCUUAGCGAGUUGUCGCUGCUUGAGUCGUUCGAGAGCAAGGAAAACCUGUUGAGCAGUAAACUCGAGAAGAGUAAAGGGGAAAAGGCGCAGAUUGUGGCGGACCUGCGCGAUGUCCAAGACCUGCUGACGAUCAAGAAACGCGAUCUGGAUGAAUGGGCGCGACAGGAGAAGGCUGUGCAAGCAGAGUUCCUGACGCUUGUGAACGGCGGCACGGGGUCAAGUGCGACACCUCACCCGAGCUUUGCGGCGCUGCAGAAGCUGUUUAAGCGCAAGAUCAAGCGAGCUAAGAAGAAACCCGCUUCAGGUGGCAAGGAAGAAGGGAAAGAGCCUGACAGUGCGAGAGACGGCGAGGAGCUAGAAGACGACGAUGAAGAAGAAGAGGACGAAGACGAAGACUAUGACGAAGAUGACGACGACGAUGACGAAGAAGAAGAGGAUUCAUGUCCGUCGGGAUGCGACUUGACUCUGUACGAGAAGGUGCUGGCCCUGCGUGAGAAGCGUGCCGAUGUAGACGACGCCAUGGGGGAGCUGAACAAGGCGAUCGAAGAGCUUCGGAAGGCCGGAGAGCGUCAGACAGCCAAGCAACGUGCGAUUGACACGGAGUUGGCUGCGACGGAGCAGGAUACGCAGCACUUCCAGAGUGAAAAGCAGUCGCGCUUCAACCAGCUUGACGUCGUAGUGCCGCUCAGUACGCGGCAACUAUGUUGUCUUGAAGCUCCGUCUCCGACUCGGCAAAACUGGACGCUACCUGCUCAAGCUGAUGGCUGCCUCGUGUUCACCACUCGCGCCUUCUCUGCGUUGUCUGAGCGUAUCGAGUCGCUGCAAGCAGAGAACAAGAAGCUGCGUCAACAGUUCCGAGACCUUCACAAACAGCAGAACGUGCUUGCUAAGGAGAAGCGUCAGCAGCAAGAAGCCAUUGCAAGAGCUCAGGAUCGCAGCGAGCAGCUCAUGCGACUGAAAUUCGGACAGCUAGUGGACCUGGAGGUGCUGGAUCGCGCUUGUGACGCGUCUUCGGUCGACGAGCUGCAGACUCGCGUCAAGCUACGCGAGGUCGAAGGUGAGCGAGCUCUGCGUCGUGCCAAGCAGACGCACCCGCAGCUGCAACACGCUAUUCUGCAGGCGACCGAGCAGAACACGGCCUUGUUAGCUCAGAUCGCUGCACUCACGGAGCGUCAGGCCGAACUGGAACGCGAACUCAAUCGUCAUCAGGGUGGUGACAGUAGCAGUGGGGACAGUGGCGGUGUACUCAGUCUUGACGAAGACGAGGCCUUGGUUGAGCGCGAGAUGAAGGAGCGCAACAAGCUCGUGCGGCUGGUGAAGCUGCAGGCCAGAGAAGUUGAAGCGCUUAAGCAGGAGAUCGGACUGCUGCGCGGCAAAGAUGGAAAAGUGUAUGCGCCUCGAGGGUAG